AUGUCUACAACUUCCAAGCUGACUCUUUUGAGCACCAUUAUAAGCACCGUGGGCAUCGUGGCCUUUGUCCAUUGGGCCCAAACUGCGGAAAAGAGUGCGAUGCAUGCUGGUGUCAUUCGAGAUAUGGAGCAGCAGCGAGUCAAACGAGAGCGUCAAGCCGACUUUGAAAUGCAGAGGCAGUUGGAGGAGGAGUACAAAAAAUCGCAGUCGGUCCAUGACAGUACCCAAGGAGCUUGA